GCAGCGUCCGGUUUCCACGACGACAAGUUGUGACAAAAUUCCCCUCCUGCCCACUUCUCCCUCCGACUCGUCGCUACACGCCACACGGCCGACCGGCCACCAUGCUGCGGUCAAUGGCUCCAAAGUGACCGCGAGAAGCAAAGCCCUUCUUGAUUAAAAUGGCUGUUGAGUGGCGGAUGUAAAAUGGCUUCACCUGCUUCCGCUCCACCUACCUCGGCCGGCGUCGUUUAACGGGACUCCAAACUACUAAACAGCCACGAAAGCUACUAACUGAGCUCCGCGACGCUUAAAUAUCAUUUUAAUCACGUGAAAAAGGAGUGAAAUAACAACUUUGUUGGCUGUGGAAUCGCCACCGCGACUACUUUGCUGUCAUCCGCUGAACGUCGGACUUUUGAAGCACCGUCGUGUAAGGAAAGCGUGGAAGGCUUCAAAAUGAGCAAAAGAGUCAAAUCUGCCCGCAUGCCUGAAGUGGAGGAACACAUAUCCACGAAAUACGAGAUCAGGAAACGACUGGGCAAAGGGGCGUACGGGAUCGUUUGGAAGGCGGUGGACAGGCAAACGGGCGAGAUUGUCGCGGUGAAGAAGAUUUUCGACGCCUUCAAGAACAAGACGGACGCUCAGCGGACCUUUCGAGAAGUCAUUUUCCUGCAGGAGUUUGGAGAUCAUCCCAACGUGGUCAAGCUCCAAAAUAUCAUCCGGGCGCAAAAUGACAAAGACAUUUAUCUCGUCUUUGAGUAUAUGGACAGUGACCUGCAUGCAGUGAUAAAAAAAGGAACGCUACUAACGGACAUCCACAAGCGUUACGUCAUGUACCAGCUGCUCAAAGCGGUCAAAUAUCUGCACUCGGGGAACGUCAUCCACCGGGACCAAAAGCCUUCCAACGUGCUGGUGGACUCCGACUGCGUGGUCAAGCUGUGUGACUUCGGCCUGGCCCGAUCCCUCAACCAGGAGCGAGAAGACAGCGGCAACCCGGCGCUGACGGAGUACGUGGCGACCAGGUGGUACCGAGCUCCAGAGAUCCUGCUGGGCUCCACCAGGUACACAAAGGGCGUGGACAUGUGGAGCCUGGGCUGCAUCCUGGGAGAGAUGUUGCUGGGAGAAGCCUUGUUCCCCGGAACGUCCACCAUCAAUCAGCUGGAGCAGAUCAUGAGCGCCAUACCGCACCCGUGCCCGGAAGAUGUCCUUGCCAUAAAGUCUGAAAUCGGAUCGUCGGUCGUUCAGAGAAUGUUACGGAGGCCGCCGAUGCCUUUGGAGGACUCCCUGCCGUCGUCGGUGCCCCCCGACGCUUUGGACCUCCUGAAGGGUUUGCUCGUCUUCAACCCCGACAAGAGGCCGACUGCGGAAAAAGCCCUCCAGCAUCCGUACGUAGCCAGGUUCCACAAUCCGGACAAGGAGCCGUCUCUCAACGCCGACGUAGUUCUGCCGCUGGACGACAACGUGCAGUUCUCUGUGGAGCAGUACCGCAACAAACUAUACGAGAUGAUUCGGGAGAAGAAAAGCCAUCAGGGCUCGCUCCGGCUCAUCCGUCCCAAAGAAGCCGUCGCCGGCAAGGAUAAAGUCGGCCGCAAGGACCGAGGAGACGACAACCGCGACCCAAAGACCGAACGUGACAGUCCACACAAGCCGGCGAACGCGUCACCGCCUCCCCCCGUGGAAACGACUGACCCCUCGGAGAACCCUCGCCCGGCCAGAUGCACUUAUAACCCCAUCACGCACGCUCCGAAUGGCUUCGUUCACUCAACAGCAGCCGGCACGAAAGCGGCGAGACAGACGAGCGGCAGUGCCACCGCGUCGCCAACAGAGGGCGUCAGAGCUAACACAUCCAUGGACCAGAUUAUCCAGCGCGGUCGCUCAGCCCCGGCGCACCCCAACCGCUCCUUCUCGCUGACGUUCGCCCAAACUCAGAACAACCCGCUCGUACGCAAGACCGAGUCGCCACCGGGACUGAACGGCGCUAACGCUAACUCGAACCAGCGCUCCGGUCCUCAGGCCCGCGACGGACGAGCGGCGCCGCGCUUCAGCAAGAAGGUCUUUCAGAACAACUGCAACGUGUCGGCGGCGGGCGACCCCCGCGCCAAGCUGGGCAGCUACUGCCAGGCGUACGGAACUAUCAGCAAGACGGAGCUGGACAACCUGCUUCAAGCGCGAGCGUACAACCAGUAGCGCGUUACGCCUCCACCAAUCAGCAUGUGGAGAACUCUUUGCUGAUUCCUCUUAGGAGGCCGGUCUUACUUUAUAGGAAUAAUGCACGAGAAGACACUUUCUGAUUAAUGGGCUUUUAUGAAAAGAGGAGACAAAGUCUUGUCAAGUUGCUUUUGUCACAAAAGAAGACCAAUAUCCUGUAACUUGACAUUUGUGAGUAGACUUACUUUUACAGGAAGACGAGACAAUUUCUUGUCAACAGGCUUUUAUGUGACGAAAGGAAAAUGUCUUGUCAUUGGGCAUUUAUAUGAGAAAACAAUUGCUGGGCCUUUGUGAAAAGAGAACAAUUUAAUGUCAAGUGGCGUUGAAGAGAAAACAAGACAAUGUUCCGUCACUGGACAUUUAAAUGUGGGAAGAGAAGCCAAUUUCUUCCCAAUUUGCUUUUACAAAAAGAGAAGAUGAUCUUGGUCAAUGGGAUUUUCUGACAAGAACAUUUCUGGCCAAGAAGUCUUUGUGUGUGGAGAUGAUAACUUCUCGUUAAUUGGCAUUUGUGAGACGAGAGAAAUUUUUGAUCGGUUGACUUUUGUGAGAAGAGAAGACCAUAACGGCGAGGUAGCUUGAAGAGGCCUCCACGGAGGAAUCAAACAUCACUGUUAAUAAAGUUUUUAUGAUGGCCACA